AUGAUUGGUCGUGAAGAGAUAGAGAUUUCUGAAGAUAAGGUAGCGGACGUAUUCUACGCUGGCGAUGCCCCGUUGAAUGAAGCGUCUUUGUACAAGCUGAAGUCGGGACCAGCUCUUGCCAUAUGCUUCCGACUUCUGAAUACUGAUGUACAUUUUGUUUCUUUAGUUCGUCGCAUCCUCUAUGAAACCAUCUAUCCACCACGUGAUGAGGCGCAUGAUAGUGAAUCUCCGUGGUCACCAAAAACUGCUUUCGACCGAUAUAAGUCCUACAGUCCAUGCAAAGAGGAAAUCUGGCAACACCGUAAAGAAGAAAAAACUUUCAAAGAUGAUACUGCUGAUGAAGAGGAAGAAGAAGAAGAAUUUGUUAUAGAUGAAAAUGAGUACUUUCCACCGCCUGGUCUACUUAUACCUGGGUUCUAUGCUCCGCCCAACGACAUUGCGAAGACAAAUGGAUUAGCUGUACUCUUUCCUAAGUUAGUCCGAGAACGAGUUACUCCAAAUCCAGAGUUUUUACCACCACAUGUACUUGUCUUAUUGGAGAUCAAUAAACGAUACAAAGCAAUUGAAACAAUAGCACCUUAUAAACAUGCCAUUAUAAAUAUGGGUAUAUUUGAGGCUCUCUCGCCAUAUCAUUCCGUCCACAUUGCAUACACAGUCAAGCAAUUUGAUACACUAGAUAUCAGUUCUUUGAAUCUGGACAAAUUGAGGCUCGCUUUCAUGAUGUCAAUGGAGGUCGACGUGCCAUUGCUUCACUUAAUGGAUUUGAACCCGGUGUUUGUUAGUCGUGACUGUGCCACUGGAGAAGAGGAGUGCGCUGCCAUGUUCCCUGUUAAUUACGCAGACGAUUACGAUCAGUUCGAAGACUUUAACUAG